AUGGCUUCCUCGAGAAAACCUCUUACUGAAGAAGAAUUAGGACGAUAUGCAGAAGAUAUAAUGAGUGAAAGUAGUGAUGACUGUAUUCAGGAUCCAAAUUUUGAAUUACCGGAUAGCGAAAAUGAAAGUGAAUUUUCGGAUAAUUCUGAAUCUGACGAGGGAAGUACCCCAACUGAUAAAUCGCUUUUUCAACGAAACCGAGUGGACUAUAGGUAG